AUGAAUUCGCAUACAACGCCACGCAAUGCAUUUCAAGGACGCUCGCUAGGUGGCUCGGGACUUCCUCCGCAAUCCAGACAGCCUGUUGCGCCUCAGGUCUCAGCGAACGAGGAUUAUAGCACGAUACCUGAAGAGGAUCGCGAACAUAUCGAUGAAGUGUUCGACUUGAUGGACAUGAAGAAGAAGGGAUGGCUCAACAGCUAUGAAUUCCGACACUCACUAGCAGCUCUGGGCUUCGAUAUGUCCAAGCCCGACUAUUUUAGAGAGCUACAGUCCUACGGCUCUGUGCCUCCCGAAUGGCAAGACCCGCAUACCUGCCCUGUCAACCGCCUCUAUGUUUACCUGGAUCAGUUCCGGUUAUGCGCUGCGAAACUGCUGGCCAGUCGAGACCCUAGACAAGAAGCAACCAAAGUAUUCAACAUGUUUGAUUACGAUGGCGAUGGCGUAAUAUCGUUCGAAGAUAUGCGACGUCUUGCUUCUGAUAUUAAGGAAGAAAGGACAAUGACAGACGAGGAGAUUCAGAGUAUGAUCGAGCACCUGGACCACGAGGGCAAAGGCGGUGUGAACUUGGAAGAAUUUAUCCAGAUGAUGGAAGAGGCUGGCUAA